AUGAUAAUUAAUCGUAUAAAUGAUCAAUGCAGUGGUGCUAAUCCAUGCAAAAAUGGUGGUACAUGUAAAACAUUGUCAAGUGGUAGAUUUUAUUGCUCCUGUCCACAAGAUUAUUAUGGAAAAACUUGUGAUAAUAAAUUUAUGUUAACUGGUUCAGCUAAUAAUGAUCGUGGAUAUACAGAUCAUUGUGCUAAAUCACCUUGUUAUAAUGGAGGUAAAUGUGUCGGAUUACGUACAACAUAUUAUUGUAAAUGUAAAUCACCGUACUAUGGAAUGAAUUGCGAUAAAGAGCUUGGAAAAAGUGAAGCAAUCGUUGAAUAA